AGAUCUUUACUUUAAGAAAAGCUUAAAGAAAACCCCGUUACACCCGCAACUCACACCCCUAAUCAAAGAAAUAGUUAUUUUUAGAACAGUAACAAGGUAAUUACGCAUAUUCUAAGUUAUGGAGUCACCCAGUGCAGCUACCGCUUCAGCUGCUGCCGCCGCAGCUGCCGCAAAGCGCGUACAAAUCGAGAAGGCCCAUAAUUUCAUGCGCCAAUAUCGUGAUCCGGAAUCGCGUGAAUUGAAAAAAUUGUCGGCUAAUCAAUUUAUGGAUGUGUGGGCACAUUACGACAAAGAUGGUAACGGUUACAUUGAAGGCACAGAAUUAGAUGGCUUCCUGCGCGAAUUUGUAUCGAGUGCAAAUGCCACUGAUAUUAGUCCAGAAGCUGUCACCGACACAAUGCUUGAGGAGCUGAAAUCUUGUUUCAUGGAGGCUUACGAUGAUAAUCAGGAUGGCAAAAUUGACAUUAGAGAGCUUGCUCAACUUUUACCAAUGGAGGAGAAUUUCCUUUUGCUCUUUCGUUUCGAUAAUCCACUGGAAUCCAGUGUUGAAUUUAUGAAGAUUUGGCGUGAAUAUGACACUGAUAAUUCUGGCUACAUUGAAGCUGAUGAGCUGAAAAACUUUUUACGCGAUUUGCUCAAGGAAGCCAAGAAAAUUAAUGAUGUCUCUGAGGAUAAAUUAAUUGAAUACACCGAUACGAUGUUGCAAGUUUUCGACGCCAACAAGGAUGGACGUCUGCAGCUCUCCGAAAUGGCCAAAUUGCUUCCGGUAAAAGAGAAUUUCCUCUGUCGCCAGGUUUUCAAGGAAGGUAUUGAAGGUGCCGCUAAGCUGACAAAAGAGGACAUCGAAAAAGUUUUCUCACUGUACGAUCGGGAUAAUAGCGGCUCAAUAGAAAACGAGGAGCUAAAGGGAUUCCUCAAAGAUCUACUGGAGUUGGUAAAGAAGGACGACUACGAUGCUCAGGAUUUAAAAGCUUUCGAGGAGACUAUUUUGCGUGGCGUGGGCUACGAUAAAGAUGGCAAAAUCUCACGCAAGGAACUGACAAUGAUAUUGCUGACUUUGGCUAAAAUGCCACCAGAGGAUGAACAAUAAGUUGUUCGCUUUUAAGCAAUACAACAACAAGUAUAAAGUUUAGUAUUUAUAAAGAUAACAAAAUUAUACAAAAUUAAAACAUAUUAAACUUUUAUUAUUAAAGUAAAUUAGUCUUAUGAAAAUAAGCAGCAUGUGCAAAUUACUAGAGGCAAGCUGAUAUAUGUAGUAGCAUUGAAAUAACGGCAAAUAAAAGUCAAUAAACAGAAUUAUGUGUAUACACACAUAACCACACUUUUUUGAUAGCUUAAACGAUGUGUUACACGUUAAGCAAAUAGAAGCGUUCAAAAUUAAAAAAAAAAUAAUAAAAAUAUAAAAAAAUAAAUUUCUAUAAGAGUACAAUGAAGCGUAAAAUAUUGCGAUUUUUAAUAAAGCAUAUUAUUGAAAUAUAAGAAAAAGUUGCAAAAUAAAUUAUAAAAUGCAUUUUGGAUAUGUAAUUGAAAAUUAAUUGCACGACGAGACGCAGAAAUAAUGCGCGAUAAAUUUCAAGCGACAACACAAAAACAACAAUAAUACAUUCAUCGAGGGAAAUUAAUUACUUUAAAUGCUGCCAAUGUAAAGCAGUCAAUGAAAUAUAGAAUAUCAAAAUCAAAGCCGAAGAAGCAUAGGAAAUAUUAUUUAAAGGAUUUAUAAAGCGGGUGUUUCAUUCAAAGGUAUUGAGUUUUUAGCUAUAAUUAUUAAGUGUCAAAUUUGGAGACUAAGAUAACAGAAACCAUAAAAUAAACAUUAAUGACAUUUUUAAUGCAUAUAAUAACAACAUUUUAUCCUCUAUAAUUGUUCUGAAGCGUAUUGCACUUCAAUGGCAAUAUUCAACUACAAAUUAUAAAUUUUCUAGUUACAAUUAACCUCAAAAUAUUUUUUAAAUAUAAUUUGUAGCAAAAAAUAUGGCAGUAAACAUACCGUUAGCCUAGUUUUUAUAUAUUAGUUGUUAAAUUUAUUAUUUUGCUGCAAGCAAUGCCAAUGUACUUUACUUUAUUGAAGCUGACAAUUCUUAAAAACAUGAAAAUAAGUUGAAAAUCACAAACAAUUUAUGCAUGUGUAUUAACAACUUCAGCCAAUUAAAGAUAUGCUUAAUUAUAUACAACAAACCUCAAAAUUAGAAAGAAUAAAUGAAAAUAAAAUAAACCAGCCAAUAAAUGUGCAUGUCCUAGCGAAAAAAUAUAACAUCGAUUUUAUUGUUAAAAUAGUAAAUGUAAAAAAUAACAAAAACUUAUAUAGUAUUUGCAAACAAUUUAUAUGUAUGUUUUUUAAUGUGUAUUAGUUUAUAUUAUACAUAUUUUUAUUAAGUCAUACAAAUAAAAUAUAUUAUAUGGCAUAUGAGUAACGAAUUUUUCGAUAUAUAUGUUAGUUUGUUAAAUAAAACUACCAAUAAAAAAGUAUAAUACUUAAAGGACAAACGAUUUUUAAAAAUUUUUUGUGUGUGUUUGCAAUUUCCGGCUAUUAAAGUCUAGAACGUAACACACUGUGAAAAAAUUUACUAAAAAUAACAAAGCAAACUGUUUUUUGUUAAGAAAAAAAAAUAUAUAUAUGUGAAUGUUAAACUUAUAAAUGUGUUGUCAUAUUGUGUACCUGUCAUAAAGAAGUAAAGCUUACAUAUAUACAUACAUAUUUGCAGUACUUAUCACUUGUUCUCAAAAGGUUUUCAAUUACUUAAUUCAACACUUUUUUGACUUUGACACACAAUGUCUGAAACUCGACAGCUGACUCAUGAUCUAAAAUAUUAAGGAAAAAAUUCGAUCUUCCCUUAGCUGUACCGAUAACUUACAAAAACUGUUAACUCCAAGGCACAACCACUUAUCAACAAAAUAUAGCAAGGGAUAUUUUUCCCAGCUUCCAACCAUGUUAAGUACAUAUAUACUUGUAAUUGGGCAAAAUAAAUAUAAGAAAUACAAUUGUCACAAAAAAUAACAAAUACGAUUCGCUUAGUAAUUGAAACUUGGGUUUAGGUAUUUCAAACAAUCAAGCAAUUUUAUCAAAUUCUAGGCUAGACAUAAACAUAGGGUUAGGUGUAGUCAGAGACAUGACCAAAUUAGUAUUUUAAAUAAUUUGGUUUUGUCAGUAAAUACUAUUAUUUUGUAAAAUUAAAAACAUGACAUCAUAAAAUAAGGUUUCGACUUGACUUGACAGCAAUUUGAAACAAAAAAUUUAACUAUUUUAAAAAUAAUGGGUGUUUGUUCCAAUCGAAGGUAUUUGCGGUGACCAUCACCAAUCCUUGAAGAUUUAUAUAAACUCAAUCUGACCAACAACUUAAUUUUAUUAAUAAUUUAGUGUCUCAUCGAAGCUUUUCAUUUUUUUUACAAUAAUUGACAUAAUGGCGGCCUCAGAAAAUGUUUUCCAGAUUUUCGGGAAAAAACCAAAAGCUAAUUGUUUAUAAAAAAUCGAAAUUAAAAGAAAUGCUUUCGAUCCGGCACUGAUUUGUUAUUCAUGUUUUCAAAACGCGGUUUUCGAGUUACGUGGUCUUCAGUUCGAAAAAAAUAGUUUCGAGAAAAACGCAUUUCAAGUUUUAGAAGCCAAUUACUCUAAGUUAAAAAACUUUUACAAAUACGCUCAUAUCUCCAAAACUAUUUGCGAAAUCAACUUCAAAAUCGAUUUUUUUUAAAUUAUGACUAUCCCUAACCCUUUAAUAUUUACAAAAUGUUCUUGUAUGGUUUUAAAAACGAAAAUUAAUUCAGAUCAAGUUUACGAUCAAGAGCAAUUCUUCAUGUUAUCGAAUAAUUGUAUUAUGAACAUUUAAAUAAAACUACAACAACAUUUGUUUCCUUUGUUGUGUCAAUUUGCCUUUGCGCAACCUUCGGCAAAUCAUUACCAGUUUGCUUUGAGCGUAUUGGCAACUCAAUUAUUCACUACGAAUUAAAUGACCCCUAGAACAGAAAGCUACUGAGUUAACUUCUUCAAUUUAACUUUUUACAUAAAAAAAACUCAGCAAAAACUAAUUUUACAAACAACCUAAAACAUUCGCAUUACUUGGGGGUUUGAUGUCCUCCACUAAGCUCAACAAGAUUGAUAGUUUACCAUAAAGAUCUAAGCCCACGAAAUGUCAUAUUUCCACUGAAGUUGAUUGGUUUUCAACAACCUGCACUUAACCAACCACUCAACAAUAACUUUUGACAUAAAAAGUACACUGCUACACAGAUUGCAAUACUGAUUUACCACAUUAUUAAGCGCCCGAGCAAAGUGACGGGAAAUUGAAUAGAAAGUGUCAUCGAGUAAACGAACUGUCAGCACUGAUGUGGUGUUUCGCUUUCGCUAAUGAUGAAGCCAAUGCUAUCGUAGAUAGCCUUAAAUGUAAAUCAAUACUUGAGGAAAUUUAAAAACGAUGUCAAAAUCGAGAGCAAGGUUGAGUAAAUAGAUUUUUAAUGAGGCAAAGGAUUGUCUGCGCAAAGGCAAACAAACACAAGCAAAAGUGAGAUUAUGUGACAGCAGUUCGCAGCCUCGCAAGAAACUUGCCAACCACACACCACCUGCAGCAGCAACCUGCGCAGCCUACAGCUGCUGGAGCGCGCUCAAAAAACAUCAACUUUAACAGCUGAUUUCCGCAUACAUAUAAAGGAAGGCAGAUAAUUUAUGCGAAGAUGCUCUACCGGUAGACUGGCUAGUUAGCUGGUUAGCUUUGUUUGUAAAUUUGAGUGACAUAAAACCACGUCAUUGACGUCAUUGUAAUGCACCUGCUCCAAAACGGUAUAUAUAGCGAUAAACUGUUAACCGGUAUGCACUAACGGUAGAUUAUGUCAAUUCAAGUAGUGUGAUGUGCGCUUAGUAUUUGGGUCCAUUUAAUUCUGCUACUGGGAGGUUUUUAUGGUUCGACAGCAUACAUAAGUAAUACAAAUGGAAAUACGAGGUUGCACGGUUAAACUAGUUAGUUAAAAUUGUAGUUAUGUGCUAGAAAAAUGUAAACGUAGAAUGACAAUUCAAAGUGAAGAUCAAAGCAGAUUAAUGCAAAGUACUUAUUAUUAACACAAUGCUUCCUUAGCUAAACAUAAGUGAACCUGACCUAUGACUCUUCAAAAUAAAUAUACCAAUAAUUUUUAGUAUAUUUAAGUGACUACAGCAGAUAAUGCUACAAGUCAUACAGAGUCACAAAUGUGGGUACUCAAACCAAUCACAUAGUUACAUCGUAAGUCAUGUCACCUAACUUUUACUAUGCAAACUUUUGAGCGAGAGAAAGCUACCUUAACAAAAAUUUACAAAAUUAGCAAAAA